AUGAUGAAGAAGAAGAAACAAAGUAGAUCCCAAUCUUCUACCAGGGAACCAUCCCCAGAUUCUUCACCUUCACCUAGGCUCCUCUCCAUUUUCCGCUCCAAGUUGGUAAGUGGUAAAGACUUGAAGCAUAUGUUCAGAGGCAUGAAGACCAAAACCGCACCUGGACUGUCUUCUCAGUCUAGAAUCGUGAGAUGUCCCAAGUGCCACAAGCUUCUACAAGAACCUAUAGAUGCGACUAUUUAUAAAUGCAGUGGAUGCAACUCGAUUCUUCAAGGUACAAUAAUAGCCUUCUUUAAGUCCCCCUCCCUAACCUUGCUUAUAUUCACAAGUAAACAAAACGUUGGGAACUGGAAAGUAAUAGUGACUCUAUUCCAGAGGCUCUCCUUUAUUCUCAAAACCGUAGUUUAA